GGGACGUCCCGGCGUCGGGCCCGACGGCGCGUGCGCGCUGCGCGACCAGCGGAGGCGAGGGGGCAGGGCGGGGGCCGGUGCGGCCUCUUUGCCUCUUUGCGCCGCCGGGACGCCGCGCGGGCCGCCGGCACCAUGAAGAUUUGGACUUCGGAGCACGUCUUUGACCACCCAUGGGAAACUGUUACAACAGCCGCAAUGCAGAAAUAUCCAAACCCUAUGAACCCAAGCGUGGUUGGAGUCGAUGUAUUGGACAGACAUGUAGAUCCUUCUGGAAAGUUGCACAGCCAUAGACUGCUCAGCACAGAGUGGGGCCUACCUUCCAUUGUGAAAUCUCUGAUUGGUGCGGCAAGAACCAAAACAUAUGUGCAAGAACAUUCUGUAGUUGAUCCUGUAGAGAAAACAAUGGAACUUAAAUCCACUAAUAUUUCAUUUACAAAUAUGGUUUCAGUAGAUGAGAGACUUAUAUAUAAACCACAUCCUCAGGACCCAGAAAGAACUGUUUUGACUCAAGAGGCCAUCAUCACUGUGAAAGGAGUGAGCCUCAGUAGUUACCUGGAAGGGCUGAUGGCGAGCACAAUAUCUUCAAAUGCUAGUAAAGGCCGAGAAGCAAUGGAAUGGGUAAUACAUAAAUUAAAUGCUGAGAUUGAAGAAUUGACGGCUUCAGCAGGAGGAAGCAUAAGGACGCCAAUGGCGGCAGCAGCAUUUGUAGAGAAAUGAUGAAAGUUGGUAUACAACACCCAGUCCCC